AGGCACUUUAUUUAGAUGUAUACAUUGUGUAUGGGGGAAGAAACUAGAGUGGCAUUUGGGUUAGAAUUUGAUCAGAAAUGAAUUAAAUGAGAAUUCUGAAUUUUCCAUAAGAUAAUCAAAAGUGUGAAUAUUAUCAUUACUUUGGAUGAGACUGCAUGUAAUCUGAACUAUGUGUGCCAAAAAUCUAAGGGGAGUUGAUGGAAGGUGGCUAUAAUAACUUUGGUGAUAAAUCUGUUAAAAGAAAUAUAAGUUUGGUGAGUAAUUUGUUGAUCCCCAAAGUUUAGUGAUCAUUUAUUAAUAGAUCGAAAAAGGAAGAGUCAAAAUCGUUGUUAUAUCCAUCUUGCUUCGAACCCUACUCGCCAAUUUGGUGAUUUUGUUUUGUUCUCCUACAGUCCUACUCCGGGGGUUUAUCUAGGGUUUUCGCCUCUGGAUAUUUGACGUCCGUCGCUCUACGUUAAUCGGAGAACUCACCGGAACAACAGCCAUUGCCGACGAAAUGGGCAAGGUCGAAACAGAGGUAAACGAAGCGAACAAUCAGAAGAAGAAGCACAAGGGAAAGCACGACAAGCCGAAGCCAUGGGACGACGACCCAAACAUCGACCAUUGGAAGGUCGAGAAGUUCGACCCUUCGUGGAACGAAAGCGGCAUGCUUGAAGUCAGCGAGUUCGCAACCCUCUUUCCUUCAUACAGAGAAAAGUACAUACGGGAUGUUUGGCCAAUGGUGAAAUCCGCCUUGAAAGAACAUGGCAUUGAAGGCAGGCUCGACCUGGUUGAGGGGUCAAUGACUGUCUUAACUACUAGAAAGACGAGGGACCCUUACAUAAUUAUCAAGUCAAGGGAUCUUCUUAAGUUGCUAUCCAGAGGUGUCCCUGCACCUCAGGCUAUCAAGAUUCUCAAUGAUGAAAUGCAAUGUGAUGUUAUCAAGAUUGGCGGUAUGGUUCAUAAUAAGGAGCGUUUCGUUAAACGAAGGCAACAUCUUGUUGGGGCAAAUUCAUCUACUUUAAAGGCUCUUGAAAUCUUGACAGGCUGUUAUAUUCUAGUCCAGGGACACACGGUUGCUGCUAUGGGUUCAUUUAAAGGUUUAAAACAAGUUAGAAAGAUUGUAGAGGAAUGCAUGUUAAACAAGAUGCAUCCUGUACACCAUAUAAAGAUUCUGAUGAUGAAGAAAGAACUUGAAAAUAAUCCAGCAUUGAAGAAUGAGAGUUGGGACAGAUUUCUUCCCAAGUUCAAUAAGAAGAAUGUUCAGCGAAAGAAGCCUAAGAAGAAAGAAAAGAAAGAAUAUACUCCAUUCCCUCCUCCUCAACAACCCAGCAAGUUUGAUAUUCAACUAGAGACUGGAGAGUACUUCUUGAGUGAACAAAAGAAGACAGCAAAGAAAUGGCGAGAGAAACAGGAUAAACAAGCUGAAAAAUCUGCUGAAAACAAGAGAAAAAGAGAGGAGGCCUUUGUUCCUCCAAAGGAAACUGUGAAGGGAAAUACCAGUAAGUCGGAGGAGGAAGACCUGGCCACCAUGACCAUGUCCAUCAAGCAAAAGGCAAAAGAUUUUGUGAAGAAGAAAAGGGACGAGAAUGUCAAUCCGGAGGAUUAUAUAACAGUAGCAUCUAGUGAGCAACCAAAGAAGAAAAAACAGAAGAGCAAAUUUUCAUUUUUCUGAAAAUUUACUCUUGGUUCUCGCGUUUUAUUUGUUUGAUUGAUUUGACCUGAAUCCCCUCCCAUUCUCUAAUAUAUGUCGCCGGAAAUCAAGUCUCACAUGCUUGUCGGAAGUGGGUGCUGCCAUUUGUUGUAUGUUGACAUUGGUAGAAAUGGGGAACGAAAGUUUGUAAAAUUUAUUGGACAUCCUGUGAUUUCCAAUCUGGUCUUUUGUGUAUUUGAGACAACAGAACACAAAAUGAUUGGCCAUUGCGUCAUGGCUAGGAUAAAAAGGUCAAUGAAGAAAUUAAGGUAAUUGAUCCUGUGCUAAACUCGUAGUUGCCCAGCUUCAAUGUUGCUGUAGGUGCUUACUGGUUUGGUUGGAUUUGAUGUUCACGUUACUCAUCUGAGCUUCUUGUGUAUUCAUUUACUUGUUUUAUGUUGCAAGUUGGAAGCUGAUGAGAAACGCAGGUACUUAUGAUAGUUGUGGCACACCCCAGAGAUGUAUCUCAUGGUGCAGCAAAUUCUUUGUUGUGCCGAGCGCCUCGGGAUGUGCCUAGACAUGACUAAGGCAAUUCUCUGCUGUCUGAUUCCUUCAAUGUUGUCGGUACUGAUUUUCAAUGUAAACAUGGUUUUCCUUUGUGAAUUUGUUUCUGGACAGCAUUUUCAAGCAGAAACUGUCUUUCUUUUUAUAUGCUCAAGGCUUGGUUUCCGGUUUUUCUCUUUUUCUAUUGCGACUAUGUGCAGCAUGCUGGAAUGAAAUCAUGAUUUCGAA